AUGCCAUUCCUCACAGCGAUAGCCUCCUCCAGCAGGAGUGGGUGCGCCAGACUGGCUCCCAGGCCCGGCAUACCUCGGAAUCUAGGCACGUUGCCCAAGUGGGCGGCAUUUCGAACGCCCAUCUUCGUGCCGCUUCCGCCUCGCUCGACCCUCCUCCGGCCCCCAUCAUCCGUAUGGAAGAGAGACUUCCGCUCUUCCCCUCCUCGGCGAGAUAUCUUCUUUGCGAGCUUCCCAGCGCUAAAGAGCGGUUUGCUGGGUAUAACAAGAGCUAGUCUGCUGUUUCUGCCGUUUGUAUUCCGGUACAAGCUAUGGAAGAAGUAUAGACGGACUUCAUGGCUGCUCAUCCAGAUUCCAAUCUUCGCCCUUUGCAUCGUCUUCGCGCUUGGUCUGGAUCAAAGCCCAAGAACAGGCAGAUGGAGGCUGCUACUCAUGACAGAGGGCGAAGAGAUGGCCUGGUCAGGAAGAAAACACGCCGACAUACUCAAGAACGACGGUCCCCAUCUCCUCCCACCCACCGACCCCCGCUCAGAACGCGUCGCCAGAGUCACAUCUCGGCUCAUCACCGCCCUCGAAGAGCAGAACAACCACGUCGUCUCGGGUGCAUCGUGGCCGCCGAGGUCUCAAGAGCUGGCACGGGUCAUGGCGGAGCGAGAGGAUGCGCUGGGGCAUUAUGGGCAUCAUCACCACUCGGAGCGGUAUGCGCCGAGCGGGAUUGCGCAUAGCUCAUUCAUGCCGUUCAGACCGCAGAGCAGUAAUCCGCUGAAGAUGCUGGAGGGGGCGGACUGGACGCUGUAUGUGGUGGACUCGCCGUCUAUCAAUGCGUUCUGCCUGCCUAGCAAGGAGGUCUUCGUGUACACCGGCCUGCUGGAUACGCUGCCGGACGAUGAUGCCAUGUUGGCGGCAGUGCUGGGCCAUGAGAUUGCGCAUGUGAUGGAACGGCACAGCGUGGAGAAUCUCGGAUUCCUCAAUGUCGCUGCGGUUGCUUUCGACGUCCUACGAGGCAUCUCAUUCGCUCUGACCAUAUCCUUCCCAUUCGUGACCGACUCAGCCGGGAUGUUCAUCAACUACCUAAACGACGUCGUCGCCUCCCGCGCCUACUCUCGCAAACUCGAAGAAGAAGCCGACGCCGUAGGUCUCGAGCUGAUGGCCACGGCGGGCUACGAUCCCCGUGCGGCGCUGGAUCUAUGGGAGCUCAUGAGCUGUGUAGAGGAGGAUGCGGUCCGGUCGGGGCGGAGCUCCAAGUCGAUCGAGCAGAUGGUGGGGUUCUUGAGGACGCAUCCGACCAGUGAGGCGAGGAUGAGGGCGCUGGAGAAGGAUAUGGAGGGGGCGAUGAGGACGUGGAGGGAGCACUUGCCGGCGAGGCCCAAGAUUGUGCAAGGCGAGGGUAAGGGGGCGGAGCAGGAGCAGAAGGGGACGGCGAGGUCAGAGAUAGAAGUGUCAGAAGGCUGCGGAUCUGAGAGGAAGGAUGGACAGAUAUCUAAGGGGGACGGAGAAUGA